UCAAACUCCCACGAAAGCCUUGCAAAUUAUGUGAACUUGGGCGCCGACAGGGAGGGAGGCGAGCCGCGAUAGUGUUGGGUCAGUGACUGCCCCGCUCGCUUUCACGCUAGAUGCCGCACCUCCACGGAAACCCACCUCCAACACCCACUCCUCACCGCUACGGUAAAUUAUACAGAGACGAUAUUAGUGAUAACGGUGACAACGGUGCAUCACGUAUACGUUUAGCUGCACGCAAGGCUUCACCGUUUCCAAGACUGGCUGGGGUGACGUGCCUCGAUCGAUGUCCAGUUUGAAGAGUUCUGCGUCGAGGCCGGAGACGGUGAACCUGAUGACGCAACACGUGUCCAGGAGACAGACAGGGACGCAGUUUGGAGGCUGCUGAGCAUCACCAGGACCAACAGCUUCUUCGACAACUGCAUUCGGCUUCUCGUCAAUAAGCGCAGACUCCAAUACGACAUGUACAGUACUACUAUUAUCCGCAGGACGUGCCGUGGAAGUUCGUGCGGCCGUACGAUGCGUUUGGAGUCCACGUCUACGCCUUGAACAGGAUCGUGGUGCCCUUCGCUGCCCAGGACGACUCCCGCACCUUUGACGCCAUCCCCGCCUACCUGAGCUACGCCGGCAUUGGCCACAUGAUCAGCCACUUGGUUAUGCACGGAUACGACACUUCAGGGCUGUACUUCCAGGCUGGCGGGAUCUUGGAUGUGCUGGACGACCAAACCUUCUACACGGGCCAGCAGAAUGGCCUUCGGGAGCAGUACAUGGCGAACACCAGCUUCGACAUCGCGGGUUCGGGUGGCGUCAAGGCAACCGUUAAGAUGGGCGCCCUGGCCCUGGACGAGCUGCUGGCGGACUCGGGGGCAGCCAGAUUAGCAUGGGAGGCCUACACCAUGAGGAACGAGCCAGACCUACCGAUGGCGACACCCAGCACGGCGACUCACGUGUCCUGGUCGUUCCGCCGCCGCCGCCGCAGCCUACAGGACCUGCCCCGCCGCACCAAACGUGUGGCGCCCGGCCCUCAGAGUCUGCCCUCCAUCGAGUCUGAGGAGGAGACGCUCUACUUCCUCCACUGGUCACAGCGCUACUGUUCUGCCAGCGGGGGGAUGGGCCUGCUGGAGCUGAUGGAGAGUGAACUGCCGCCGGCCAGGAUGAGGGUCAACUUGGUGCUGCAGAAUGAGCCACUCUUCAGCCAGGCAUCAACUGUGGUCCCAAGAGGGAGCAGACGCCCUUCGUCCUCGGCUGAGUGGCUUUCCUGCACCGCAACCACGGCACAGGAGGGUGUGGCCGCCCUCAUCGCAGGCGCCGUGUUGUCACCAGAAGAGCCGUGGGAAAUUGUAACUUGUGCUGGUAUGACAGUUUUUUUUUGUGCUCUGGGUGUGGUCAAGGUCAUGAAGAAGUGCCUCGACCUCACACACAUACACACACGAAAACAAAACUAUUGUACCUGCGCCAAUUUGAGUUUCGAUGUGAUAGUUCUUAAUUUUUUUUUUUUUAAUUUUAUUAUUAGUGUAUUUUUCAUGUUUUAUUGUGCCCCGGGUGUGGUCAGGGUCACGAAGUACUUCGAGCGCGCGCACACACACACACACACGCACACACUCUUCCCUACACCGUCUCUCCGGCCACUCUUUGCUGUGACGGUUUGCCUCCCUGCACACUCGUCCCUUAACUUUUUCUUUCCUUUGUCAAACUACAUAUAG